AUGGACCAGCCCAAGUCCAAAGCCAUGCUUUGCAUCCACUCGGGCUGCAUCGCCGCGGUCCACAACGUGCCGCUGAGCGUGCUCAUCCGCCCGCUGCCGUCGGUGCUGGACCCGGCCAAGGUGCAGAGCCUCGUGGACACGAUCCGGGAGGAUCCAGACAGCGUGCCCCCCAUUGAUGUCCUCUGGAUCAAAGGAGCUCAGGGUGGUGACUACUUCUACUCCUUUGGGGGCUGCCACCGUUAUGCGGCCUACCAGCAGCUACAGCGAGAGACCAUUCCUGCCAAGCUUGUCCAGUCCACCAUCUCAGACUUAAGGGUGUACCUGGGUUCUUCCACGCCAGACUUGCAAUAGCAGGCUCCUUGGUACCUGUCACCACUCCUAAAAUCCCAGAAGACACACCUGGCUUCCAGUGGGCUGGGCCACUCAGAAGGUGUAGCACAGAAGCACUCUCUUUGUGCAUGGAGGGAGGAAGGUCUGACUCUAAGCACUCUCUUUGCUAGCUGCAAGACCUUGGACUCACUACUGAACAGUAUGGGAGGCCCAGUUCCCACAGCUGUGAAAAUGGGUUGUGUCUUUGCUUUUGAGGGAUCAUUGAAAGGGUGAAAUGAGAAAGGAGAUCGGUUUGGAGAACCAUAUGCAGCUGGCUCCAGAUUCCCAAGGACAAGCAUCCUUCUGCAUUUUUGUCUUUGUAUAUCCUGUUAUGUGGAAUACAGUUCGCUCUAAGUAAAGGAAAACCUACGUUAACAAA